AACUACUUUUAAUGAAAAGUGAAGUGUUCCAAUGUAUUUGUACAAAUGCACAUCGGGCAGAAACCUCGCGCCGCACAGCUAAAGGUCCGCCGGCCACCGCGUCUCCCACAUCCAGACUCGACACAUCUCGCUGCAGGUCCGCCCGCAUCCACACACUAGACCCAUCGCAGAUCCACCGCCGGCCAUCAGACCACACCACCGGCAGCAGAUCCACGCCCCUGGCUGUACGCCCGUGCCGCCGGCCAAAGCCACGGGCUGCCCCUUUCUCCACGGCGGACGCCGUUGUCUGCCUGCCGACCGUGGCUAUCUGCCCCGCUGGCCGUCGCCAUCUCCAGCUAUUCCACGCCCCUCGCCAAAGCCGCCGGCCACCGCUGUCUCCAGCUAAUCCACGCCUCUCGCCAAAGCCGUUGGCUGCCGCUGUCUACAUUCCGGUUGUCGAUGUUCCAAAGUGGUAUUGCUGUCUCCACGUUGUUGCCAGCGUCAUCUCAGCUAAAAAAGUGUGUCGCAGAUGGACAGAAGUUGGGUGAAUACUAGGCUCUUUAGCAAGGAACAUCGAGAUAGGGUCACUGAUUUCAUGAACUUUGUUUCCAAUAAUUUGGGUGACAGUCAGGAGAUAUUAUGUCCAUGCCGUAAGUGUUUGAAUCGGUUACAUAAACAUAAAGGAGAAGUGGAGGAUCACUUAUAUAUUUAUGGGAUGACUAGCACAUACACUAGGUGGAUACAUCAUGGAGAAGCAUUGGAGGUUGGAUUAAAUGAGAAUUCUGAAACUGGGGAUAUUGGCUGUAGUGUUGAAACUGGGGAUAUUGGCUGCCAUGUUGAAACUGAGAUGAAUGAGCCUGAAGAUGACCGAGAUGAUGAUAGAAUCCAUGAGAUAGUACAAGAGUUGUACACAGCUGAAGAUCGUGGACCAGCAACAAAGUCCAAGUUUGCAGCCAUAUUAGAAGAGAUGAAACAGGAACUACACCCUGAUGGUCCCUAUACUAGAUUUUCUUUUGUGGUGAAGUUGCUACAUAUGAAAUCAUUUUACAGAAUGAGCAAUGUUGGGUUCUCUGCUUUUUUAAAGUUGUUACGUUUAGCAUUUCCAAAAUGUUCUAUCCCUGCAUCUUAUGAUGAAGCGAAGAAAGUUAUCCGUGCAUUGGGACUUGGAUAUGAUUCAAUACAUGUUUGCCCAAACAACUGUGUUUUGUUUAGAAAGGAGUUGGCUAAAAUGGAUAAAUGCCCAGUAUGUGGUGCUUCAAGAUGGAAGGAUGAAGAUACAAGAAAGCAGAUUCCAAACAAGGUUUUGAGGCAUUUUCCUGUGGUUCCAAGGUUGCAGAGGAUGUUUGCAUCCAAAAAACUUUCAGAACAAGCACAAUGGCACAAGUUGAAGAGAAAACCAGUGGACAAUGAGCUUAGCCAUCCAGCUGAUGGCGAGGCAUGGAAGGAUUUUGAUAGGAAAUAUGAUUGGUUCGCAAAAGAUGCUAGGAAUAUUCGACUUGGCCUCGCUACUGAUGGGUUCAAUCCAUUUGGGAAGAUGAGCGCCUCAUAUAGCAUGUGGCCAGUAUUUCUUAUUCCUUAUAAUUUUCCUCCAUGGGAAUGUAUGGAGCAAUCCAACUUCAUGAUGGGCCUACUCAUUCCUGGUCCGACAUGCCCAGGAAAGGACAUGGAUCUCUUCUUGCAACCACUGAUUGAAGAAUUAUUAGAUCUUUGGAAAGGUGUCCCUACUUAUGAUGCUCUGACUAGGAAAUCAUUUGAUCUUCAUGCUGUAGUUUUAUGGUGCAUUCAUGACUAUCCAGCACUGAGCACACUUUCAGGCAGAGUCACUAGAGGUUACUAUGCCUGUGUUCGUUGUGACAAAAAUCCUUGCUCUAGAAGAUUAAGGAACAAGAUUUGUUAUAUUGGCCAUCGACGUUUUCUCCCAAGUGACCAUGUUUGGAGGACAAAGAAAUUUUUUGAUGGACAGACCGAAGAACGUGAGCAGCCUGAGGAAUUUACUAUGGAUGAGCUAAAUGAACAAUUGGUGAGGGUUUCACAUGUUAAACCUGGGAACCAUCCUAAUAACAAAAAGAGAAAGAGGCAAGAAGAAGGUCAAUGUUGGAAGCGAAGGUCAAGUUUGUGGGAUUUGCCAUAUUGGUCAAAGUUGAAACUACGUCACAAUCUUGAUGUAAUACAUAUUGAGAAAAAUAUAUGUGAGGCCAUUUUGGGGACAUUUCUGGACAUUGCAGGGAAGUCAAAGGACUCAAUUAGUGCAAGGCUCGAUUUGGAAGAUAUGGGCAUAAGGAAAAAUUUACACUUGAAGCAUAUGUGCUGCCUUUCUUAUUUUGUAUUCCAAGCUUGUCUAAAUUAAUCAAAUGAGUAGUCUAAUAUUUCUUUUUUUUACUGCAUGUACGGGUUGUGCUGGCAGUAACAAAUGGAAAAAAUCUAUGUGCUGCCAGUAUUAUAUAAGUUAAACUAGAUGCACCUUUAAGUAAAACUACAUGUAGCUUGGGCUUGCUAUCCAUAUUUCUCUUGGUAUGUGCUGGUCACUAUAACCAUAUAUCAUCUAUGCAUACUAUUCAAAUGUUUGUUGUUCCUCUAUGCAUCUAUGCAUGUUGUUCAUACUACUCAAACUGAAUAGUACAUAUAAGUUAUUGUAGUUACUUUGUACUUUCUACUUUCAACUUUUGUCAAAGCUUAAGGUUAAGCUAUUUGAUGAAUAGAUAAAAUUCGCCAUUGACACCAACACCGACCCUGUAAAAGCUGCAUGUGAAGACAUCCUAAAGGGUGGAGUACGCCAGAUGAGGUAUAGGCUAAAAAAAAAGUACUUUGAUGGUGUGCCAGCUAAUCAAGUAAGGACUACAUCGCCCUUGAAGUCUAUGACUGAUGAAGAAUGGAGGCAAUUGGUUGACAUGUGGUCAAGCCCAAAGCACAAGGACAAAUGUGCUAAAAACCAACUGAAUCGUGACAAAGUUAAGUUUCAGCAGCGUACCGGAUCUCGGUCUUACAUUGCACAAGCCUAUGUCGUGAACUGGUAUCAGCCGUGGUGUGGUAUGACGCAACCAUCGUAGGCGGGUGUAGAAGAAUACAUUUAGUGCGAGCUGCAAUUUCGCACUCGGGAAAUUUGGCUACACGUUUUAAUGUACGUGUCCAAAAUUCAUUCAUAAUAGCUUGCCUGACAAGCUUCUUUAAUUCAGUUGGCCUAUUGGCCUUUACAGAUA